CUUGGGAAGAUUGGAAUUCACAGAAGAGGCAUUGUAUAGGCAUUGUAGGCUUAACUUGGAAGAGGCAAGAAUCAGCAGAAGAAAAGUUUUGUUGCAAAACUAGUUACAGAUAUGGAAGGUGCCAUUAAAACAGUUGUUAUGCAGUACCUGUCUUCAGCACGGGGAAAGGAGAGUCUGGGUGGGAAGAACUUCCAGAAGUUAGUCCAGAGUCAGCUGGGCAGCAUCCUGAGUGACACUGACAGUUCCUCAGCAGUGAAGGAUAUGAUGAAAGGACUGGAUGACAACCAGGAUGGGAAAGUGAGUUUCCAGGAGUACCUGACGCUGGUGGGCUACCUGGCGAACUCAAUGAGUGAGCAGAAAACCACAGCCAAUGGUGCAGAACCAGCCCCAAAACACUGAUGACAGUUGAUUACACUGACACUAAUUUGUAAUGCUGGAGUAUUACACCAGUAAUCGUGGUAAAUAAGGGAGAAUAGGGCUAGUUGUCACACUUUUUACUUACUAAAUUGUAAAAGUCUGUAUUGCACAUGUGUGUUUUUGCCAACACACAAUGUAUUGAUAAAUUGUGUGAAAUUACAA